AUGUCACUCAAUACUCCCGCCGGAUAUAUUAUCCAAUUCCAAGUCUCAGAAGGAACUCCAAUUGAUGGCCGCACAAUCAUCACUCCUUACAACCAUAAAGUCCCGAUGAACUCCUUGACCCAGAUAACUGGCACCUCCGGACGACAAGCCAAGAAGCGGCCCAAUCUACCAAAGGUUCGGUCCGGAUGCGUAACUUGCAAACGAAGGCGGAUUAAAUGUGACGAGCGGAAACCCGAAUGUAAUCGCUGUCAGGUGUUUGGCGUGCCGUGUGAAGGCUAUGGCGUUCGCAUCUCCAUCAGCCGGCGCAAGCCCGAUCCCAAGCCACUUCUUCCUCGUACGGGCGAGGUAUCACAUCUAUCAUUAUCUACGCAAUCUUCUCAUUCACCUCCAUUAACACCGCUUUCCUCGCCUUCGACGAGAUUGCCAUUUCGGGACGAAAUGGAAGAACGUUACUUUCGAACAUAUCUGACCAAGACAAGUAUAUCGGUGACCUGGAGUCAGAGUCGUGUCUUUUCUUCGUCAUUAUGGGAUCGCAUUAUCAUGCAAGCUGCACAUGAUGAAUCUUAUCUUCGUGAGAUGCUGAUUGCCAUUGGCUCAUUCACCGAAUCCAAAGAUGUUCAGCUGAGGGGAUAUAAAGAUGAAGCCGUGCAAAUGCGAAUUUUCGCGGUAAAGAGAUAUGGGCUUGCCCUUCGUUCAAUGAGUGUUGGACUUUCGAAACUCGAAAGCAGCGAUGGCCCGAGGAAGGCCCUAAUCGGCUGUCUUUUAGUAUGCUGUUUUGAGUGGCUGUUAGGAAACAACCUUACUGCUCUUACACAUGCUGGGAGCGGUAUCAGGAUACUGCGUCAGUGGCUGAGAAGUUAUAAAGCUAAAAAUUAUAAAGCUGGUCUCUGCUCGCCCGAUUCUGGGGUGAUCGAGGACGAGUUAGUCCAAGCAUUCCUACGGCUCGACAAACAAGUUGCGACAUUUGGGGAUCCGGGGACAAGAGAGGACCAUAAGGAGAUAAUAUAUGAGUCAUUUGAAACAGUUCAGAAUAUGCCUAAAGCUUUUUCCGACAUAAACGAAGCCCGGCUAUACCUUGAGCUAGUCGAGAGACGAUCGAUCCAUUUUGGAUAUCUAGCAGCUGGAGGGAAUCCCGCCGCCGAAAGCACCAAUUCUUCCACGUCGAUUGUCACGACAAAAGGCCAUCUUCAAGAACACAGCGCACCUCAAGUGGUAGAUUUGGGAGCUCUCAAGUACGACAUGACCCAAUCACUCAUUAAAUGGAAAUCAGCACUCGAUCUCUUUUACGCCGAUAUCCCACCCUCGGACAACCAUCAAAUCGCCGAAGCAAACCUACUCAUCGCUCAAAGCAUCGCUAUGAACAUAAUAAUGACCAUUGCACCCCGCGGCGCCAGACAAGACGAUGAAAAAUUGAUUCCGGGAUAUCAACGCAUACUAGCCAUCUGCGAGGAAAUCGUCAACGAAACGCAAGAUCAGCGACAACAUGGGAAUUUCAAAUUCGAACAGGGUGUAAUCAUGCCGCUACAUAUAACCGCGAAAUGGUGUCAAGACCGCUCGAUUCGGAAAAGGGCGAUAAAUCUCCUAAGACGAUAUAGGAGCUGUGAUGGAGAACCCAUGAGGGAAGGCGUCUGGGAUAGCGAAAUGUUCGCAGAGUGGGAUGAGUGUUCGUGGGAGGAUGCGGAUGGAUCGGAGUGGGGGGAUGGCUCGGAAAGAAUUGGUGAUGGUCAUAUGCGGAAUGCGGCGAGGGAUAAAAAUCAAAUCUUUAGUUUGGGUAAACCGAUGGAGUGGGAGAGGGGUGCAAGGAGUGAGAGGUGUGCGAGUAGUGGGAGUCCGGAGAGUGAACGGAGUCAGGGAAUGGGAUUGGGAAUGGCUGGGAAUUAUACAGAUUCAGGGGAUGCGGAGGCUUGGGUGCAUGAUUUGCCGCUUAGGACUUUGCCUUGA